AUGCGCGCUCCGCAAGACUUCAAAGAGUUAAGAUCACUACUUGGCUUACUUUCGUUCCACAGACGGUUCGUACCCGCGUUCUCCGACGAGGUACAACCCCUACAAGAACUGAUGAAUGCACACAAGACCCUACCUUUCAUAUGGGAGGACCACCAUGAGGCGGCCUUCCAGGAACUAAAGAACCUCGUAGUAGGCGCUGAACCCCUGCAAUCACUAAGAACGGAAGGCCAGUUGGUUCUCAACACCGACGCUAGCGGAUACGCUAUCGGCGGCGUGUUGUGCCAGGUCGUGGAUGGUGAAGUAAGCGUCAUAGAAUACGGGAGCACGAAGCUCACCAACGACCAAGUCAGCUGGGACACGCGCGAACGAGAGCUGUGGGCAGCAAAAAUACUUUGUCCAGAAGUGGGAUGGUUACAUCAGACUCAGGUGGACGUUAGUCCUUACGGAUCAUCGCAACCUAUCCUUCUUGGCGAAAGCCGAUAA